UACGAUAACAUUGUAAUUGUAUACAAUAAAAAUAAUAGGAAAAAAAUAAUAAGCACCGACUUGCUGCUGCUGCUGAUAACAAAAGCCGACGACGACGUAACCCGUCCGUCGUCUCCAAUAGCUCCUCCCAAAUGUCAAAUCUGGCCAAAAUUCUCUGUCGACGAACCCUCAGUUACCGCCAGAUGAGCACAACCUACUCCAGAAUGCAGUCAAAUGCAGCAGCCGCAUCAGCUGGAGGAUCGGCUAUUAUAGCCGUUGGCCAAAUGAGAGCAACCAAUAACAAACUGGAGAAUCUUUGCCAAGUGGAAGAAUUAAUAACCAGGGCCAAGGCAAAGCAGGCGAAAAUACUUUUCUUACCGGAAUGCUGUGACUUUGUGGGCGAGAAUCGUGGCCAGACUUUGGACCUCUCCGAAACCCUUGAUGGCCAGCUGAUGAAUAAAUACAAACGAUUGGCCAAAGAUCAAGGGAUAUGGCUCUCAUUGGGCGGCAUACACGAAUUGAAAGAAGAGCCGGCGGAUGGGAAACGUAAAAUAUACAAUGCCCAUGUCCUGGUCAAUGAUCAAGGCGAAUUGGCUGCAGUUUAUCGCAAGAUGCAUCUAUUCGAUGCCACAACCAAGGAGAUCAGACUCCGUGAAUCUGAUACAGUGGCGCCGGGUGAACGUCUGGAGCGACCGGUGCAGACGCCGGCGGGUAAUAUUGGUCUACAAAUAUGCUAUGAUCUACGUUUCGCAGAGCCGGCCAUAUUGCUAAGAAAACUGGGUGCUCAAAUGCUAACAUAUCCGGCUGCCUUCACCUAUGCCACGGGCAAGGCCCAUUGGGAGAUUUUGUUACGAGCUCGAGCCAUUGAGACGCAAUGCUUUGUGGUGGCUGCGGCCCAACAAGGUUGGCACAAUCAGAAACGUCAGAGUUGGGGUCACAGUAUGAUCAUCUCGCCGUGGGGUAAAGUCCUGGCCGAUUGCGGUGGCGAGGAGCCGCUGGCCAUAGCUACUGCCGAGGUGAAUCUAAAUGAAUUGCCCGCGCUGUAUGAGGCCAUGCCAUGUUUUGAGCAUCGUCGCAAUGAUCUCUAUAGCCUAACAGCCUACAAUCUGAGUGAUACGGAAGCUGGUGAAGAUCGAGCAUUUGCCGACAACACGGUGGACAAGCGCACCAUAUUCUAUGAGUCCGAACAUUGUUAUGCCUUCACCAAUCUACGCUGUGUGGUCGAGGGUCAUGUGCUGGUCUCCACUAAGCGGGUCACGCCUCGUCUUUGCGGCUUGAACUGUGCCGAAAUGACGGAUCUAUUUGCAACCGUUUGCAUGAUUCAGCGACUCCUGGAGAAGAUCUAUAAGACCACUUCGGCAACGGUAACAGUGCAGGAUGGUGCCCAGGCGGGUCAGACAGUGCCGCAUGUCCAUUUCCAUGUGAUGCCAAGACGUAAUGGUGACUUUGGUCACAAUGAUCAGAUCUAUGUGAAAUUGGAUGAACGUGCUGAGAAUAAGCCACCGCGUACAUUGCAGGAAAGAAUCGAUGAGGCGCAAAUGUAUCGUCAGCAUCUAAAAGAACUACAGAGCUAGCCAUAACUCUUCUACUAUCCCCCAUCUCCUAAUCUUCCAUAUGUUUAAAUAACAAUAAUAAAACGAAAAGGAAUAUUUGUUACUCCUUA